GGUUUAAGCGUUGGGAAAGGCUGCAAAACGUUGGCGUUAAAGAAACAGAAGGAAAAUAAGAAGAACUCCCGUGCAAAGGAGCGGGAAGGAAACAAACCACCACCACCACCACAACAAAACAUAUUUGGGUGGGUUUAAAGAGAAACCACCCAACAACAGCGGCGCGAGACCCUUUUCUCUCUUUCCAUCACUAAGUGAGUCAGAAGGCUGUAAAGAAGAAGCUGGAAGGAAAGCGGGGCGUUGGGGGAAGGAAUCCUCGGACGAGCAGGGCAGAAUCGCGCUCCAAGGCUUCAGUCAUUGUUCGCUCCUCUCAGCCAGCGCGCGCGAGUGUGUGUGUGUGUGUGUGUGCAUGUGUGUGUGUGUGUUUUGUUAAUGGGGAAGCCUCUCCGUGCAGCUCUUCCCAGCCGCUCUUUCUUGCCUUGCGGCUCACCCAACCCACCCCUGCGCUGCGAGCUUAGUUGAUGCAGCCCGCUGCAUUGUGUAAGACGCGACCUGUUAUGGCCACCACUACUUCCGGGUUCCAGCAUUCUGGUCCAAAUCCACCUCUCCGCCUGUGUGCAACACACACUUUACACACGCACAGGGGACUUGCAGCAGGCAGCAUCGAUCGUGGCUCCUUUAAGACAAACUCAGACAGCCUUUUUUUUUUUAAACCCUCUUCCUCUAGGCUUCUCCAGUUGCAAGGAGGGAAGAGAGAAAAUCUGAUUAGGAAUUAGAACUGAAUCAAACGAGGGCGAAAGAGAAAGGGGGGAGAGGGGGGGAAGAAAGCGAGCUUUUAGACCUUUUAUGCUUUUGAUGUUAACAUUUGAGGUGUCCUGACCAGUGGAAGCACACACAGCGGAUUCUCAUCAUUCAUUCACCACCUUGACAAGCUCGCCUUUGAUUGACAGCUGGAGUGGCAAAAAGUCAUGCGAGUUGGUAGUUGGGUUUGAGAGGCACUUUAAAAAAAAAAAAACUGAUUUGGGGGAAAGGAUAUUUGCUUUCUCCCCGCCGCUGUCUUGGAAACCAGAAGGGACGAGUGUGAGAGACACAGAAAGAGGAAGGAAAGAAAGAAGGAAGGAAGGAAGGAAGGAAGGAAGAGAGGAGACGAGAGGAGAGAAGCUUCUUCUUCUUAUCUUUUAAAUGCUGAAUGAUCGUACCGCUGCUCUGAGGUCCAUCCGGCUGAAGACUCCGAUCGGCUACUACUCAAACAGCUGGCGACUUUAAAGGAUUCUUUUUCCUUUUAUUUUGGGGGGUGGGUGGGGGGGUGGGGGAGAUCGCGUUUUGUUUCUUUUCACGCUGGCCUUAAAGAGGAUAUAUUAGAAGUUGAAAAGGAAGGGUGCGAAGCAGGCCGAUGGCGCAAAGGUACGACGAUUUACCCCAUUACGGUGGGAUGGAUGGAGUGGGGAUCCCGAGCACCAUGUACGGGGACCCCCAUGCCGCCAGAUCCAUGCAGCCUGUCCACCACCUGAAUCACGGUCCUCCGCUUCACUCCCAUCAAUACCCGCACACAGCUCACACCAACGCCAUGCCUCCAAGCAUGGGCUCCUCUGUCAAUGACGCUUUAAAGAGAGAUAAAGAUGCCAUUUAUGGACAUCCCCUCUUCCCACUUUUAGCACUGAUUUUUGAGAAAUGUGAAUUAGCGACAUGCACUCCCCGGGAACCCGGGGUGGCGGGAGGCGACGUUUGUUCUUCAGAGUCUUUCAACGAAGACAUAGCAGUGUUCGCCAAACAGAUCCGAGCAGAGAAACCCUUAUUUUCUUCUAAUCCCGAACUGGAUAACUUGAUGAUCCAGGCCAUACAAGUAUUAAGGUUUCAUCUGUUGGAAUUAGAGAAGGUACACGAAUUAUGUGACAAUUUCUGCCAUCGGUAUAUUAGCUGUUUGAAAGGAAAAAUGCCUAUCGAUUUGGUGAUAGACGAUAGAGAAGGCGGAUCAAAAUCAGACAGUGAAGACAUAACGAGAUCAGCAAAUCUAACAGAUCAGCCUUCCUGGAACAGAGAUCAUGAUGACACAGCAUCGACACGUUCAGGAGGAACGCCGGGGCCAUCCAGUGGGGGGCAUACAUCACACAGUGGGGACAACAGUAGUGAACAGGGUGAUGGCUUGGACAACAGUGUAGCUUCUCCCAGCACAGGUGAUGAUGAUGAUCCAGAUAAGGACAAAAAGCGACAUAAAAAGCGUGGCAUCUUUCCCAAAGUAGCCACAAAUAUCAUGAGGGCAUGGCUAUUCCAGCAUCUAACACAUCCUUACCCUUCAGAAGAACAGAAAAAGCAGUUGGCACAAGACACAGGGCUCACAAUACUUCAAGUGAACAAUUGGUUUAUUAAUGCUAGAAGAAGAAUAGUCCAGCCCAUGAUAGACCAGUCGAACCGAGCAGGACCUAUGAGUGGAAUGGGCAUGAAUAUGGGCAUGGAGGGGCAAUGGCACUACAUGUAACCUUCAUCUAGUUAACCAAUCGCAAAGCAAGGGGGAAGACUGCAAAGUAUGCCAGGGGAUUAUGUGUCUCGGGGUGGUCCAAUGGGCAUGAAUAUGGGACAGCCAAGUUAUACACCACCCCAGAUGCCCCCACAUCCAGCUCAGCUGCGUCAUGGGCCCCCCAUGCAUACCUACAUUCCUGGACACCCACACCACCCAGCAAUGAUGAUGCAUGGAGGACCACCCCACCCUGGAAUGCCGAUGUCAGCGACUAGCCCCACAAUGCUCAAUACAGGAGACCCAGCAAUGAGUGGACAAGUGAUGGACAUUCAUGCUCAGUAGCUUAAGGGAAUAUACUUUGUCUUCAAUUACGACAUUGAAAUAUUGUCGUUCUGCGAUGACUAAUGGAGUUCCAUUCUUGGCGUCUAGUUUGGACCAAGGAACAAUCCUAUUCUACUUUAUAGGGACCCUGAAAAGCAGGAAAACCACACCAACUGAAGUCAACUUCUGGGGACAUGCAAAAUAACUAUAUAAGGCAGCAGAGUGGAAUAUUGUAAAAUGCUAUUAUUCUGUUAUCCAUAUUAUGUUGUUUCUUAUAGAUUUUUUAAGAAAAAAAUGUGAAUUUUUUUCCACACUAUGUGUGUUGUUUCCAUAGCUCUUCACUUCCUCCAGAAGCCUCCUUACAUUUUUUUAAAAAGCCUUACAGUUACCUUGCAAAUGGGGGGGGGGUUAUUUGCAGGAUUCUUAGAGCAUUAAAAAUAUCUAUGUCAGGCAGAAGAACAUUUCUUCUAUCCUAGGAUUUCAGCCAUGCACUCUGUAUUUCUCUCUCUCCCCCCCCCCCCCCGCUUUUUUCUAGCCUGGGGCGUGAAUUUGCAUGUCUAAUUCAUUUACUCACCAUAUUUGAAUUGGCCUGAACAGAUGUAAAUCGGGAAGGAUGGGAAAAACUGCAGUCCUCAACAAUGAUUAAUCAGCUGUUGCAGGCAUUGUCUUAAGGAGACUGGUAGGAGGAGUCAUGGAAACCAAGAGAAAGUGUAUUUGGACUUAAUUGUCACAUCAAAGCAUCAUUGUCCCCAUGCAGCAAAAACCACCACCUACAUCACUUCCUGUUUUUAUGCCGCUCAAAACAUGAACUGAAGAGUUAUUUUUACUAUGUUGACUUUAUUUUUUGGGCAAAGCAUCAGUCGUGCAUUUUUCCAUAGUCCCAUCAUGGAGCAUAUAUGUAUACAUUGUAAAUAAAUUUUGUGCAAAAAGGACUGGAAAAAUGAACUGUAUUAUUGCAUUUUUUUUUGUAAAAGUAGCAGUUUGGUAUGAGUUGGCAUGCAUACAGAUUUACUAAGUGGGAUAAGCUAAUUAUACUUUUGUUGUGGUUAAACAAAUGCUUGUUGAUAGCCUUUUUCUAUCAAGAAACCAAGGAGCUAAUUAUUAUUAAUAAUCAUUGCACAUUGAGUCUUAGAGUUUCUGAUUGAAACUGUUUGGAUUGUACAAUAACUCAAAGCCCAGUUGUAGUAGUUUGAGUGCAGUAAUGAAAUCUGAAUCUAAAAUAAAAGCAAAUUAUUUUUUGUCA